AUGCAUUUGAUGUACACUAUUGGCCCAGACGGCAAGAGAGUCUACACUUUGGCGAAGACUACUGCUGACGGCGAGAUCACCAAGUCUGCCCACCCAGCCAGAUUUUCGCCAGAUGACAAGUACUCUAGACAAAGAGUCACCUUGAAAAAGAGAUUUGGUUUGUUGCCCACCCAGCAGGAGUAA